GCUGGCAUUGCAUUUGAAAGCUACUUCCUGCAGAGGCCCAUCCUCUCUGUUGUCAAAGCGCUGUUCUUUCUAAUUCUUGCAGCUAGAAAGAAGAGUAGCUCUAAAGCUUGUCAGUUUCGAUGCGCUGACAAUGCAGUAUUCGAAGCACGUGUCAGAAGGGCGGACAGCCUUUGCUCCUGGGGCCAGCUCCCAAGCACCUAAGAAGGACGAGAAAACUGCUGAUGCAAGGAGCAAGGAACCAGAGAUAGUUGUGCUCAACACCGCAGCCAAUGUGGUUAAGGGCUGGUUAGAAGCAGAGGGAGGGUCGGACGCCGAGGAAGACGCCCUGCCCGAACCAGAACUGCGGCCCCCAAGGCUUGGUCUUGGAGCAAAGUACCUUCCCCACGCCAAAGUGUCCAGCAACAUGGGUACGUUAGAGAAACGCCUGAGGGCGAAGAUAGACACGUCAGCAAGGCAAGGCUCGGGAGAAGAUGCAGAAGCCGAUGCGGCAUCCAGGAAGAGAAAAGCGGAGGGCAAAGCGAGAGAUGGCUCAAAUGGUGCCAACGUUGUUGAAAAGAUAGGUGAUACGGAUACUGACGAAGACGAGGAAGAGGGACGAGGAGGUCGAGGCGGCGCCUUCCAAAAGAAACAGAGGGGCUUGCCUGCUUUUGAGGUAAUGCAGUCGAAAAAGGCCAAAAAGAAGAAGAAAAAGAAGCGAGAGGAGGUUGGCUGAUAGAGUACGGUAUUAACCGGAGGUCGUUGUCGUGGUAUUUCUUUGCAACCUGCUCACUUUCGUCCUAACCUUUGUUCGGUCGGAUGUGCACAUGCAAGCGGCUUUUGUGCAUCACUUGUCAGCACUCGUUUGAAGAACCUAGGCUACACACAAAUUGAAUGUCGGAACGCGAUAGAACACAACCUAGCUUAAGUUAUAACAAUUAUAAGAGUGAAUAGCACGACUCGUACUAGAUAAGGCAGC